CCUCCCCAUCGCGUAACGAAAGCAUUCAAGUCCGCGAUUCUGCGUGAUUCUGCAAUCAAGACAUUGAGUUUGAAUUUUUUGAGUGUAUUGUAUCUAACCCUAUUGAUUUUCAGUGCUCGUUGUGUGAUAUCAUGUUUUGAAGAUAACAAUACUGCCCUCCUUUGCCAGCAUGAGGCUUGAAAUCACCUGCAGUUUCUCUUGACCUAGGAGUGUUACUGACUGGAGUGGAUCGCCAAAACCUCCAUAAUGCCUCUAAAUUCCGACAUAUCAACUGCUCUGCAGUUACUGGAGCAUAUUCAGUCAGAAAUAGAAAAAUCAGGGGACCCAAAAUUACAAUCACAAACCAAUGAGUAUCUCAUGUUUCUCAUUUCUACCUUAGAAAAUCCCAUCUUGAGGACAAUAGCCUAUGUUCAGGAUGCUGUCAGCGAAUUGAACGAGCAACUGCAACAACAUCCUUCGCUGUUACCAGGAGAUUUUGAUAUUUCGCUUGCUGGGGAUUUGGUUCUAGGGACUCCAUCAUCACCGGCCCAUUUCACCUCUUCAAACCUUGUAACACCCCCUGAACUUGAUGACCAGUGUGUUCCUCAGACUUCUCCUCUCUCUUCGACAGAACAGAUAGCAACACCGGAAUCAAAAGAUGUAACAUUAACACCUAUCACCACUGCCUCCUAUAUUUUAGAGUUUCAAAAAGCAAUUGAAGAAUCUGCUCAAGGCCGAGAAAUUAUCACAAUCCAGUUGAUGAAACCAGAAGGUGGAAGUCUCGGCUUCAGUGUAGUUAGUUUACGCAGUGAGGACAAAGGUGAAUUAGGAAUUUUCGUGCAAGAAAUUCAGCCUAAAGGAAUAGCAGGAAGAGAUGGACGGCUGCACGAGGGCGACCAAAUCCUGGCGAUCGAUGGACAGCCGCUGGAUACUAAUAUUUCUCACCAGCAGGCAUUCAGCAUCCUCCAGAAGGCGAGGGGCCGUGUUGAGCUAGUUGUCGCACGAACUGAGUCCCCCUCACCCCCUCCCCUCAACUCCCCCUCCCGCUCCCCUUCGCCGUCCAACAAGAGCGAGACUGGCUCCGACAUGGUGUUAAACACUGAAUGGGCUCAAGUGGAAGUUAUCGACCUGAUCAAUGAUGGGUCGGGGCUUGGCUUCGGAAUAAUUGGAGGGAGAAGUACAGGAGUCGUAGUCAAAACAAUUCUCCGAGGAGGUGUUGCCGAAAGGGAUGGCCGGCUACAGAGUGGAGAUCAUAUUCUGCAAAUAGGUGGUGUUUCAUUGCGCGGAAUGGGCCGAGAACAAGUAGCAGCUGUUUUACGUCAAGCAGGGAGCCAUGUGCGUCUGAUUGUAGCCCGACCAGUGGAUGCAGCUGCCACUGACCUCCAUCCUCUAGGUUCCCACGCCCCCAUCGUCCCGACUAAACUAUUGGCUGAUGCAGAAGAACUUGAUAAGCACCUCAUCCAAAACGGUUAUAGUACAACAUCAAACAUCCUUGAACCCUACAACAUCUUCAGUAGUCCACUCGAAUCCGAUUUAGAUCUUAAUGAAACGGGGUUGAUCGUCGAUGUAGCCCCAUCACUCCCUGUCCUGACCAUGGAUAUGAUACCGCCUGAGUCCUUACAGCCGCUGCCUGACACUGAGAAGUUUACAGUUGUUUUGAAGAAAGAUGUUCAUGGCCUUGGAAUCACGAUUGCUGGAUAUGUAUGUGAGAAAGAGGAGCUUUCUGGGAUUUUUGUCAAAAGUAUCAGUGAAGGAAGUGCAGCUGAUCUUUGCAAGAAGAUUCAAGUCAACGAUCGAAUCGUCGAAGUGGAUGGAAAAUCGUUGCAAGGUUACACAAAUCAUCAAGCAGUAGAAGUCUUACGAUCAACCGGUCAGACAGUCAAACUGUGUCUUGAGCGAUACCUACGAGGACCCAAAUUCGAACAACUCCAACAAGCAAUAGCCAAUAGCCAACUCAAAGCGCCAACUCCUCCGUCCCCGUCUGCCUUGUCUUUACCGAGAGUCCCUAUAAUGAACGAUGGUGAAACGUGUGAAAUCGAUCAUGAAGGAGAGUCGCAGGACACAGUUGACUCGAUAGCCCUGUUUGAAGCAAACAACGCAGAUGUAGAUUUGGAAAGUAUCGAAAUGCUUAUCGAUGAUGAUUACUCAGGUCCACUAAAACCAACAGUCGAAGCAGCUAUUCAAGCAAAAUGGUCAAAAAUACUCGGGCCUGAUGUGGAUAUUGUGGUGGGACAGUUAUGCAAGUUCGGAGAAGGAGGCGGUCUUGGCAUCAGUUUAGAAGGGACUGUGGAUGUGGAAGACGGACAAGAAGUAAGACCACACCACUACAUCCGCUCAAUUCUACCGGAGGGGCCAGUUGGAAGAAACGGCAGACUGAAAUCUGGAGAUGAGCUCCUGGAGGUUAAUGGUGAGAGGUUGCUCGGAAUGAAUCAUGUAGAAGUUGUAAGCAUCUUAAAGGAAUUGCCGAUUAAUGUCAGAAUGGUUUGCGCCAGAAGGAAAGGAGAAAAUCGUCUGAUUGAUACAUCACAAGACCGAGCCGCUUUUGCAGCCAGAAGUUUACUGGGUGGAAGUUUGCAGAAUUUGAUUCCAGCGAUGGAUAGACUCGUAAAAGCAAAAUCAGAUGGUUCACUCGCAUCAUCAGCCACAGUAACAACCGACCCCAGUCUCUCGAAAUUGAAGAGUCGCUCAUUGGAACCACUAACUGGCCUUGCAAUGUGGAGUUCAGAACCACAUAUUAUUGAGCUUAUGAAAGGCGAACGAGGGCUUGGUUUCUCUAUCCUUGAUUACCAGGAUCCGAUGAACCCAAGCGAGAGUGUAAUCGUGAUCCGUUCAUUGGUACCUGGAGGCGUGGCGCAAUUGGACGGCAGGUUAAUACCGGGCGAUCGGCUGCUGAGCGUCAACUCAACCAAUCUGGAGAACGCCUCGUUGGAUCAGGCUGUGCAAGCGUUGAAAGGUGCUCCAAAAGGUGUCGUGAAAAUCGGCGUUGCCAAACCGUUACCCAUCCCGGACAGCGUCUCGCAAAGCCAGGGUGACGAUGAUGCAACUCCAACUUUGGAUGACCACUCCAUGUACAGCUGUGAAGGAUCCCUUCCCUCCGACUUAGAAGAACAAAUCAAAAAUCAAUUCGUUGAAAACGAAAUUGAGUAUCACAAGGACACAUUGGAGUCCCCGAAGGAGGAGUCAAUCGAGGAGGGAAAAUUCAAAGGGAGGUCCAUCGAUGAACCAGUGAAGGAAGAUGUUGAUGUCGUGUGUGAAGAAAAGUUGCCAGAAUCAGAGUCACCAGACAGGAUAUCUGGAUCGGUCUCUCCUGAAGUGGUUCCUGAAGUGGUACCUGAAGUGGUACCUGAAGUGGUACCUGAAGUGGUACCUGAAGUGGUACCUAAAGUGGUACCUGGAGUGAUACCUGAAGUGAUACCUGAAGUGGUGCCUGAAAAUGAAUCAGUGGAUUUUGAAGAGGAGCCUCCUGGUCUUGGGUACCUAACUCUACCCACUCCUCUAGAAGAAGAAAUUCAGAUGGAGAGACAUUGCCCUAGUUUUGGAGUCACCUUGGAGUUUGUUGGGGACGGCUCCAACGGCAUGUUGGUGAAAAACAUCAGCAGUGACGGGGAUUUUGCUCGAGACAAUCGCAUAGUACCGAAUGAUUUUUUAGUUUCUCUAAACAAUGAGAAUUUGAGGCACAUAACGAACGCUCAAGCUAGAUUAAUCAUCCAACGGGCAGAGCUAUUACUCACUCCUAUCUAUCUGCGAUUCAUAAGUCAUCGGAAAGCACGUCUGUACCUUCGAUCCGUACAAAAUGAAAAAGUAGAAACAAAGGUCCUAGCAAAAGUUUCACCCAGGAUCUUUCCUGAGUACUAUCGUUCACCUUACAUACGCCAGGAAGAUCCCAGCAUCCCGGAUCAACCUGCCUCUUUUCAAGAUAGCAUUGUGACUGUGAUAUGUGCCGAGAAACUAGCCCAUGUCGACCAUGGCAUUGAAGCACCAUCAAAUCUAAAGGAAGCGGACCUCCCAUGCGUCGAUAUUCAAACUGACUCUUCACCAGUAACUUGUGUGGAAAGAAGAGUCUCUCCGGAUGUGACAGACAGCUGUGAUAAACUUGAAACUUUAAUCAAUGAAACUGAAUCAAUACUUAACGAAACCCAUGUGCCAUUUCUAAGUGAUGAAACGAUAAACAAAGAUACCGCGUCUAAUCUAGAUUUAACCCUUGUGCCAUUUGUUAGUGAUGAAAACGAAGCCGUAGGCUGUGAUGACGUAGACUUUAGCAGUGAAACUGUUUCAAAUCUCGAGGCGGAAGAACGGGUUCGGUCCGACUCCUGCUCUGUACGUGAGCGAGCCCCAUCAAUCCUCAGUUUAAUCGAGGAGCCAUCGAACGUUGAUGACUCAACAGUUAAGUGCUCAAUUCAGGAUGAGGUCCUCACCUCCGAUCUGAAAUCCAGUGCGGAAGUGGAAGAUGAAACCAUUCAUGGCGAGAUUUCUAGUCGGUUAAGUUCUAUUGGAGACGAUUUAAAUUUUAGUGGAGACGAGAGUUCGGAAACUCUUUCUCUAGCCAAAGGCCCGCAGAGUGAGCCGAAAGCUAAAACUAAUUUGUUACUUAAACAUUUAAAUAAUUCUGUGCCAAGACUAGGGAGCGUAGACCUUGAAUCUAGCGGUUUUUUAUCGAAUAGUUCGAGUAGGGGAAGCAGAAUCUCAAAACUGCAUCGGUUUGCCAGCACAGGUGUUGAACUUGAGGAAGAAGAGAUCAUGACUGUGUCCCCGCAAUCCUCAUCCGUCCUUCUUGCCAAGAAUUGGGGCCCUGAGAAAACUGUCAAAGUUGUCAGGGAACCUAAUUCUAGUUUAGGUAUCAGCAUUGUUGGAGGCAAGGUUGAUCUUUUUAAUGCACGAAAUGAUGGCGGCGCAGCAAUUUCUGGUAUAUUCAUUAAAAACGUCCUCCCCAACAGUCCAGCUGGUAGAACUGGCGAAUUGAAGACUGGCGAUCGCAUUUUGGAGGUCGAUGGUGUAGAUUUGAGACAUGCUAGUCAUGAGCGAGCUGUUGAAGUCAUCCGAGCGUCCAGUAGAACUGUUACUUUCCUCGUUCAAAGUCUUGUUCAGUGGAGUGGAGAAAACGAUGAGAGACAUUCUCGAUCGUCGCAGAAUACCGGCACAACUCGUAGGAAAGCACCUCAGCCUCCGACUCCAACUGAACCGCAGGCUCCCUUUGCCAGCACGACAAAUAAUUUUCGGUCUCCCUCUUCUGAGCAAUUACAGGAUGGCUCCAACAAAACAUCAAAAGUUGAAGCACCAAAACCAGCAGAAAAACCAGCAGCUGCUGCCCCAAAACCCAAACCGCCGCCAGUCAAGAAACAAUAUUCCUCAGAUAGCGAGGACAGUGAAGAGGACACUCGCGACCAAGAAGGUCGCCUCAUCACCAAAGGCGGACAAGAGAUUAUGCGUUCCAGUGCUGGUAACGUAAAAAGAACAAAAGAAGAAAUAGAAGCAGAUCCAGAGCAAGAGGAUGAAUUCGGCUACACUUUAACUGAAAUCAACAAAGUGAAGAAGAAGUACGCUGCGCACGGGGAUGCGGUCUGCAUCGUGAGCGUGGAGCGGGGACACCAGGGCCUGGGCAUCAGUUUGGCCGGUCAUAAGGAUCGCACCAAAAUGGCAGCUUUCAUUUGUGGCCUUAAUCCCAACGGACCCGCCUUCAAAUCCGGGGUAGUCAAAGUAGGCGACGAGAUCCUCGAGGUCAACGGUGUUGUGCUGAGAGGCAGAUGUCACCUGAACGCAUCGGCCAUCAUCAAAGGUUUAGCAGGUCCUACGUACAAAAUUAUCCUCCUUAGGCGGUCUGAUGCGUUAGAAGAAUUAGCUGUCAAACCUAUCACACAAUUCCCCGUCUCGCUCGACGAUGAGACGCCGGAGGAAAAGUUCGCACACUUUAAAGGACUCAAAAUUGUCACAAUCAAGAAGCCAGGAUACGUUGAAGCCCCACCCGCUCCUCCCUCACCACAGGUUGCAGGACAAGGCCUUGGAAUCAUGAUAAUUGAGGGUAAACAUGCAGAGGUAGGACAAGGAAUCUUCAUUUCCGAUAUUCAAGAAGGCAGUGCUGCAGAGCAGGCUGGUCUCAUUGUUGGAGAUAUGAUUCUAGCUGUAAACAAGGAUACAAUUCUUGGAAACAAUUAUGACUCGGCGGCAUCUUUAUUGAAGAAAACGGAAGGUGUUGUCACGUUAGUUGUUUGCAACCCACAAAAAGCAAAGGAAGAUGAAAAGAAGGCUGGCGGUGACAAACCCAAGGAGCCGGAAAAACCAAGACUGCAUCUGAAACCUAUUGCUCCGUCCUCUGAAAUGUCCACUGCACGAUUAUCACCCUCGCCUUCGGGAAAAAUUCAUGCUGGAACAGAGGAACCGCCUGCUGACCCAGCAACAGCCCCGAUCAAGCCGGGUGCUGAAUCAGUGAUAGAAAUUAAUAAGGACAAAAUGGGACUAGGUUUGAGUAUUGUCGGUGGCUCUGACACUCUAUUGGGUGCUAUAAUUAUUCACGAAGUUUAUCCGGACGGUGCUGCAGCGAAAGACGGUAGAUUAUUACCAGGCGACGUAAUCUUAGAAUGUAAUAGCGAAGACUUUAGAAAUAUAACCCAUAGCAAAGCUCUAGCAGCCUUAAGACAAACUCCUGCCAAAGUGAAAAUGACUGUUCUAAGGGACGAUGUUGCGAAAGAAGAAGACAAGUUAGAAAUAAUAGACGUUGAACUAAACAAAAAGCCUGGAAAAGGUCUAGGUUUAUCGAUAGUUGGCAGGAAAAAUGGUCCAGGCAUUUUUAUAUCUGAAGUGGUCUCAGGGGGAGCGGCAAAUGUGGAUGGUCGGUUGAUGAAAGGCGACCAAAUCCUGUCGGUGAAUGGGCGCGACCUGAAGACUGCGUCUCAAGAAGAAGCUGCUGCUGUACUGAAGACAACCUCAGGCAAAGUUCAAAUCAAAUUAGGCCGUCGGAAAGCCAAACUCAGCGCUGCCACGUCAGACAAUGAAAAUGAAGAUAGCACAGGGGAAGAAACUGAAGGAACGUUGAGGACGGUUACUUUGGAGCGAGGUCCUGAUGGUCUUGGAUUCAGCAUUGUAGGUGGAGCUUGCAGUCCCCAUGGUAACCUUCCAAUCUACGUGAAAACUGUAUUCUUCGACUUGAACGGUCUACUCAAAAGAGGCGAUCAAAUCGUAGCGGUUGACGGAUUGAGCCUGGAAGGAUUGACUCACCAGCAAGCCGUCGACAUCCUGAAAAAAGCACAAGGUGUCGUCACUUUGACCAUUCAGUCAUGAACCGGAAAAAAUCUUGCCUUUGUUUAGAUUUUUAUCUCUCACAUGCGUAUUUUCAUGUGAAAUUGUGAUAUUUUAUUGUUAUUAAUUGAACAACAAUUUUUAAGAGAGGUUUAACUGUAUUUCUUUGGAUUAGAUUCUUGUUCAUGGGAAGUGCUGGCCUCAUUUUGAUCUGUUCUACAUAGCACAAAGUAAUGUGUUAUGAUUUGAUUACAUGAGGGUUUUUUCCGCCCCAACAGUCUUUUACACAUUAUUGUAUUUUACAAAACUGGCUUGAAACUUCAUUCUCAUGUAAAUCAAAUGAAGGCACAAAUGUUUCAAGGCACCAUACUUGAAUUAUCAGUCUUAACUAAUGAAUACAUGCGCUAAAAAUUAUUUACACUUUGGUUUUUUGACAAAAUCAAGAGAGGAAUUUCUGUGGUUCUGUCAAGGUCAGGUUACCCUUACCCUUCACAAACAAGUUUUAAUUGAGCUAAAAUUUGCUGGAUCACUCAGCUGAAAUUUGCAGUAGCAUGCAGUCAAAGGCCUCCAAGCACCUGCUUUUUUGUUUUGGGGAAAUAACUUGUCACAAGCAAAAACUUCUGCUCAGUCUAAUUGUAAGAGCCUCCUUCUUUUUCCUAUAUCCGCCCCUCAAAUCGACCAGAAAUGUGUCUGGUUUGAAAAAAGACAGUGCUUUUAUUCUAUGAAUACUUCAUUGAUUCUUGCUGAAUUUUUUUUUUUUCAUGAAGAUAAGGACUAUUUUGUAAGGGUAUUUUUAACGCAUGAUUCAUGUUCUGAAUCGUAAGCAAAAUUGCUAAUGAAAAUAUUGUUGAAAUUGCUACGGAAUUUCAAAGGACUUGGGAGAACCUAUUCAUUUCCCAAGCUCUUUUGAUAUUAAAUGCAAAGCCAAAGAAAAAAAACUCAUCGUUAUCUUGACACAAUCUUUCAAAGCUAAUUUCUGUAGCUCGGUCUUAGCGCUGAGAUAGUUGGGUAAAAUGUUUCAUGCUUUAGUUGAUUGUUGAUGGACCAAUCAGCAACAGUUCCAAUUCAAGCAAAAAACAGUAUCUCUGUUAUGAACACUUACUCAAAUACUUUUGAUUAUUGCUUCUCAGUGUUAAAUGACCACACUGAGAAAUUUGGGACCAUUUUCUUUUAUUUUCUUUGAUUGACAUGAUGACAUUACCUUGUUCAUAAUUCUCGUUGUUCAGGUGCUUUUGUAGUUUUAGCAUUUCCUUUAUCCUUUCUUGAGGAUAUAUACUGGGUUUAUUUCACCAAUUCAUCAGUUUGCAAUGAAUUUGUGUAGUCACAUGAAAAAUUCCCUUAAACUUACUGCACUGUUUUAAUAAAAUAUGCAAGACCUAAUGAUUUUGGAGCAGGGCUAAUUUGGGGAAAGGUCUCUUUCCCCUACCUCUCAUUCUUUGCACUUAUUUGUGCAUAACUUACAUUUUGAUGAUCAAAGUGCAAAACCACAUAUCUCCAUUGCAUUGUUCAAAAUUUCCGCUCCUACUUUAUUUUUUCCUAGAGAAUGAAAGUCAACUUUUUAGUUUGGAAUUGAUACAGAAUAUUCUGCUAAUAGAGAAGAAAAAUCAAGAAAGUUUUCAAGAAUACACAUUCAUUAGUUUUCCAGAGAAUAAAUAAAAUAUGACUGGAAGUCUGCCAUGUCGCAAACGGAGAUACUUGGUCCUGCCUUUCGGCCAUCAAUUUAUUUUGUAGGAUUGGGUCUCUCUACCAGUCUUCUGAGAUAAUUCAAUAUCUGAAAAUGAAGAGAAUCAGAGAAACUCUCAAAGCCACAAUUAGGAUUUUGUAGAGUUUUCUAUCUUGUGUCUUUUUUGUUGGAGGUGCCGAAAAUGCACAAGCGGUAUUCUUUUAUCAACUUUUGUUGCAGCACUUACCAAUUUAUCAAAGUAAAUUGAUCAGCUGAGGAUAUUUUGGCAAGAGAUGCUCUUCAGAAUUUUUGCCAAUCAAAUUUCAGACAGCUCUUAGGGUUAGUAAGGGAAGAAAAAUUAUUUAAUUAAAGAACUGGAAAGAUGAAAUAGUUACAUUUUUUUAGCUUUAUCUUUCCCACUUGGUAGCAAGAGCAGAAAUGCCUCUAACGUGUACAUUUUUUAGAUGAUUCCGACUAUUUUUCUCCCAGUUGUACAAUACAUUUCUUUGUUCUAGCUCAGUUUUAUGUUUAAUUCAUCCUUUGUGAUAAUAGUACUUAAGUUAUUUCUGUGAAACCAUUAUUUUUAUUCUGGAAGUUCAUCCGCUAGAUAAUUGUUUCCUUUAAUAUGUUGUUUUGUUAAAUGAUUUGUACGUUGAGUUUUUCAAGUGGUUGUAUAAAUACCAUACUUUUAUGUGGAUUAAAUAUUUUUUUGUUCAAUGCAUCCAUGGCCAUGUAUCAAUUCAUGUAGAUAGGGUUUCAAAUUGCAGCUGCUAAGUGCUUUCUCUCAUUCUCAUUGCAAUUUAGAGCUUGCACUAUCACUCCAACCCAAGGCGCAAUUUUUGGUGUCAUUUUCCAUUUAAUUUCUCCUCUUCUUAGCUAGUACUUCUUGUUUUUGAAUAAUUUUUUUUCUUCAUUCAAAUUCACAGACUGGGAAAAAAGAAUAGUCAAUAUUGUUUUAAACCCAAGAUUUACUUAAUCAAAUUUUUUCCACAACAUUGAAUAAAAUUAAAUUUCAGAAUAAAAGCGGAAGUACAUGAAAACUAAAAGCGUCUGAAUGGGAGUUUUUCUAAUUCCACAUUAAAUUUAAGAUGAGUUUGUAAAAUAUUGCUGUGUUUUGAUGAAAGUACUUCAGAGGUUUGCACUCUAUGCACCAAACGCUGCACUGGAAAUUGAAAUAAUUGUUCAGUCAAGUACCCAACUUUUUUCACCGUGUCUAAAAUAUUCUCUAUCUGGAUAUAAUUGCAGAGAAGUCCAAUUUUUCAGUAACCAAGUGCCGUAAUUUUAACAUUUAGCCAAGCUCUGUAAAAAUUUAGAGGAUUCUGCCAUAGAAGGCUAAAUUGCUAUUUUCCGAGGUUUGUUGGUUGCUGGGACUGAAGGAAAGUCCGUAAGCAGUAUUUUAAUCAUACCCACAUAAAUACUUUUUAUGUCCUGACAUUUAAAAUUUGGAGUAUUUUGCAGAAAUUUGAAAAAACUUGCUGUCAUCAGACAUGCAUAGCUCCCUUCCUCCUGGUAGUAACAAUUUUUGUAUUCAUGCUGGAGUGUCUACAGGUAGAGUGAAUCAAGAAAUGUCCUCGUAUUCCAUGAAAAGACAAAAAUUUUAAAAUUCCUUUUGAUAAAUUAUUUCUUCCGAUAUUUCUGACAAGUCUUGCGUGUUUUUGCAAUCAUUAGAAUAAAACUCUUAAAAGAAAAACUGAGAACUCUCAGCAACAAGUGGGGCUAGAUGUGUGAUAGUCAAAACAAAGAUAGUAUGUAUCCUUUCAAUUUUAAUGGCCAAUAAACCAUCCCAAUGAAAACUUCGAAUUCAGUUUCAUAAUUAAUGUUAAGAAGUGUUUCUUCCGAAGAAAGUCUGUGUUCGCUAAUCAAACAAGCAACAAAUUUUUUUCCUCAAUUCCGUAGACACUCUGUACACUUGUAUGCUUGCAAAUUUAACACUUUGAGCGUAGCGCAACCUAAGUAAGCGGCAGUAAGGAGAAAACAAUUGUGGACAAAUCAGCAAGUAGCAAACCCUUGCACUUUCUAUUGUCAUGAGUGCGACCCACUCAUUCUCUAGACUGGUCAAGUGGUCCUGGAAAUUUCUGUAGGCAUAAAAGCCAGAUAAGGUUGCAGGUAAUAAUGACAGGAAGGCAAGUAACUUAACAUCUGUGAACAAACAUUUUUCCUGUUCACUUGACUCCUUCCAGGAGUGAUUCUGGCAAUGUUUAAUUGGAGCAUGUGGGGCUUUACAUUCAAACUUGACUCUCUCAUGAUACAAAAAUUCGCAAUUUGCCCCAGGUGGAUCAACGCAGAUUAGAAGAUAAGAAACAUUGCUUUUCCAUUCUUAAGAGAUGUAGUAAAAUAAAACAAAAAAGCUAAGAAAACCUUGCGUCAGGAAAUAACUACUGCGCCGUAUGAGAGUCUGUGAAAAAUCGCACUGCAGUCAAAGUGCUAUAUAGUAAAUUUUCAACUUGACAUGUUCCUAAGUUGUAUAUUUUUAUUACAUUUUUUUUUCAUUCCGUAGCAUGAAAUCAUUUCACAUGUAUAGGUAAUAUACGAGAGGUAGGAAUUCAGCCAGCCUCUGAACUGUAUCAGUGUAGAUAUGUGUAUUAUAUUUUUUCAUCAAGUGCCAAUGCCCAUUAUGAGUGUAGAUAAUGUUAGUUAAGUUAGCGCUAAUUCAAUAUUUAUUAAUCUUCUCCCUGUUCACAGCCAUUCUUUGUUUUCAUGAAGGCUCACAAUCGUCGAAUAUGUAGUUGCCUGAAAAGGUUUGGUUUGCUUAAACGGUGGGAUUUCUAAGUCACUUGAUUAUGAUGAGGAGCAUCUACACAGAAUAGUAUCAAUUCUUAAGCAUUGUCUCCAAGGUGUCUACAUGAAUUGGAAAUUGGAAGAAGUAUCAGAGAAUUCUGUGGAAAAAAAAAGAGAAAAAAAAAGAAAAAAAAAAAA